UCCUGACUGUUUUUUCACUUCUGUCUCACACUUGUCGUGUCCCGACUCCUUCUUUCGUUUAUCAAUUGGUCAUUGUGACGGGACAGAGGAAUUGCCAAGAAUGUUGGGCUGCCAUCUUGAAGCGCAGAGGAUGGAGAGACAAAAACUGAUGGACCGCCGACUGAAGGCGAAGUCGUCACCGGAGAAGUAUGUAGCUGUUAUUAUUAACGGGAUGGAUCAAAGCAAGACCAAUCUUCCUCAUUUUUAUCGUAUCCCGAAAGAUUCGAGAAUUAGGGAGGCGGACUUUUUGAAGGUAUAUGUUGUGGGUGCAAAGGUGGAAGGACAUCUGCACAGAGCGUACGCCAUGAUGAUGUUCGACAACUUUAGCAAUGACACAAACUCCAUGCUUACCGUGCUUCAUAGAGUUCUUUCGGAUCUGCCAAAACCUUUGCUGAAGGUGUUGUUUUUGACUCUCGACAACACAUCAAGAGAGAACAAAAACAAAUUCGUUUUGACCUACCUUGUGUACUUAGUCCACAUGAAGGUUUUCGAGAAAAUGAAGCUCAACUUCCUUUUGGUGGGUCACCCACAUGAGAAUAUUGAUCAGAUGUUCAGCUGCUUUUCUAGAGCCAUUGCGCGUAGGGAUGCUUAUGACCUCCCUGCACUGGAGACAGUCAUCAGACAGUCGUCCACGAAAUAUGCAGGUGUCCAUGUUGAGCGGGUGUUUGAAGUUUACGACUGUAAAGCUUAUGUGAAGGAUCACUUGGCACCUCUUCAUGAUAUCAGUUUCAAUCAACACUUCCGUAUCAAGAGAAAUGUUGCUGGAGCUGUUGCUGUUUGGAGUAGGCARUUUUGUACAUCRUCAUGGCACCCGCAAGAUACCUAUGGCUUGGAUAUCUUCAAGACAUUUCCGGACGGAAGUGUGCAUGCAGCUCCAUGUCAUGUUGUGCGAAGCAUGGAUGAGCGGAUCAAAGCCUCCGAGGAGAAAACAAGUAUCGAUAAAAUAUUAUCAUUGGCGGGAAUACAUGAAAAUGUGAAAGCAUUUUCCAAAUAUACCAAUGAUGAGGUCGUUGCAUGGUGGUAACAUUUUCUCGCUGAACAAGAGAAUAUGGACUUCGACACAACCUGCCUGCAACAUCCAUUUGUUUGGCCACGUGGCGACUCCUCCGUUUCAGACAGCUCCGACAUGCCGGCCGACUGACCUGCAGACGCUGAGAUGAUACGUGGAGAUAUCAAUCCUCCUGAAAGACCACUGUAUGUGGGGCAUAGAAAGACGUCAAAGAGGAGGCUUCGAGGACCUAAAGGAGGGUGCAUUUGUGGCUGUUAGGGCAAGGAGAGACCAAGAGGAGCAUGAAAAACCUUAUUUCAUAGUGAAAGUAAAACGAGUCUUAGAGG